AUGGAUGAGAGCAGCUCGGAGGAGGAGGAGGAGGAGGUGACCAAGCGGCGGCGGGUGGAGGCACCAGAAGUGAAGGUGCAGCUGAAGGUGAUGUCCCUGGCGGGCAAGACGCUGUUGCAACUGCCCUGCUCACGAAGUAUGACUCUCGGGGUCCUGAAGGAGAUGAUCGAGGCAGCGCUGCACAUGCCACGCUCCACCCAGCGGCUGCUAACAGCAGAACCAAAGGAGUUGAAGGAGGACACCUGCACGCUGGACAGCUUGUUGCCUCAGGAACUCAAAGUGGAUCUGACCUUGGUGAAACAGAAGCCCGAGACCCGCACCCUCUUCGACGAGGCCAAACUUGGGAAUGGGAGCAGCUGUUUGGCCUUGUUGAAGUCACCAGACCUUGCAGAGUUGGUGAACUAUGUGCACGCUGAGCACAAGCAAAGUUGCCUUCAUGCUGCUGCCCAACAGCGGCUGAGCGCCACCUGCCAUGCCAUUUUGCGCUCGCCCCACUUCCAGCAGGUGAAUCUGCAGGAUAAUGCCAGGUAUUCAGCGCUCGACUAUGCGGUGAGAUCCAAUCUGCCGGAUGUAUGCGAGGCGAUCAUGUCACGUGACGAUUUCGAAGGUCCAGAUAAGUCUCUCUUGCUUGUGGCAAUCUUGAAAGGGCUGGGGGAGGUUGUUUGCACCUUGGCACCUCGAUUGCCACGUGAGAUUCUGCUGGAGCCCGUUCACACAUUAUGCGGGUAUGAGUAUGGGAGCUUUCAUGGCAUGACUCCACAGCAGAUCUGCGAGGAGAAAGGCCUCGCAGAAGCGGCUCGAGCCAUCGAGCUGGCCGUUGGGAAGGAUGUCGCUGGGCAAUUGAAAUGGGUUCGUCUCGACCAGAAACGAGGAAGAGCUGAACAUGUUUUCUCUGAAAAGACGGAGAUCGCAAGUGAGUCCCAACACACACACUGCUUAGGGUUGGAGUAG